AUGGCUGAAGAUACUGUUGAACAGGGCCUGGUGCAGGUGGACAGCAUUCGCGACGAUGAUCCAGGCUACGACGAUGGUGCUUCAUACGAGCCUAACGACAACGAAGAGCAAGAGCGGAUGGACCUAGUCCACCAUAUUUACCGACUGCUGCUGAAGGGCGCCCUCCAUCUCGCUCCUAUCAGCGAACAUCCCCAGCGCGUUCUUGAUCUAGGCACAGGAACUGGUAUUUGGGCUCUAGAGUUUGCCGACGAAUAUCCCUCGGCUGAAGUACUUGGCUCGGAUUUAAGCCCUAUUCAGCCACAGUGGACCGCCCCUAACUGCAGCUUCGAGGUUGACGACUUUGAAGAUAAUUGGACCUACAACAGAAAGUUUGAUUACAUCCACACCCGCGAGAUUGGAGGCUCUGUUGCCGAUAUCGACAAGCUUAUACAGCGCGCAUACGAGCAUUUAGCCCCGGGCGGGUACUUUGAGAUUCAAACCUCCGUGUCGAGAUUUGUAUCCGAUGAUGGCUCGGAUAAGAAAGCACCACAUUCUGUCAAGUGGGCGUCACUUAUUACUGAGGCACUGUCAAGGUUUGGAAAGCCUUGUGACACGGCCCCAGAGUACAAGGACAAAAUAAACGCGGCUGGCUUUGUUGAUGUCCAGCAGGAUAUCCGCAAGCUGCCCAUUGGUGCCUGGCCAAAGGAUCCAGCUCUGAAGACCAUUGGCAGAUACCAGGUUGUUCAGCAGACACAGGCCGUUGACUCGUAUACGCCGGGUAUUUUGUCCAACGUACUUAACUGGAAGGACGAUGAAAUCCAGGUGCUUGUUGCCAAGGCGAAGAAGGAUCUUAAGAACCCAGAAGCCCAUCUUUACCUUCCUGUCUACUUUAUUUGGGGCAGAAAACCGCUUGCAGCAUAA